AUGAAGAGAGAGCUGAAUAGGAAUUACUCAGAGUUGGCUGAGUUCGUUCUGGUUGGAUUUAAAAUCCCCCCAAAGUUAGAGAUCCUCUUAUUCUUACUAUUCUUGGUGAUUUACAUGUCCAUUGUAAUGGGAAAUGUCAGCAUGAUAAUCGUCAUUAAGAUGGACUCUAGACUUCAAACACCCAUGUAUUUCUUCCUUAGAAACUUGUCCUAUUUAGAUCUCUGCUACUCCACAGUCAUUGCACCCAAAACUUUAGCCUGUUUCUUGACCACCGAAAAGAAGAUUUCAUACAAUGGCUGUGCAGCACAGUUUUUCUUCUUCGCCUUGUUUGUCACAACUGAAGGCUUUCUUCUGGCUGUGGUGGCCUUCGAUAGAUUCUCAGCCAUUUGCUACCCUCUCCUUUAUCCCGUGCACAUGUCCCAGAAAGUUUGCAUUCAGCUGGUAGCUGGUUCUUACAUUUGUGGAUCUAUCAAUGCUAUAGUGCAGACCAGCUUCACUUUCAGUUUACACUUCUGUCAAGAAAAUAAACUGGACCACUUCUUCUGUGACGUCCCAGCUCUGAUCAAGAUCUCCUGUGUUGACACCACUGUAAAUGAGAGAGUGCUGUUUAUUCUCUCUGCCCUUAUCAUAAUCACCACCACAGCCACCAUUCUGGUUUCCUACACAUACAUCCUCUCCACUGUCCUGAAGAUUCCCUCAGCCCAGGGCAGGAGUAGGACCUUCUCCACGUGUGGUUCUCAUAUGGCAGUAGUGAGUUUAUUCUACGGGACUGUAUUCUUCAUGUAUGCUCAGCCCGGGGCCAUCUCCUCACCAGAGCAAAGCAAGAUUGUCUCUGUGUUCUACACACUUAUAAUACCAAUGUUGAAUCCUCUAAUAUACAGUCUGAGAAACAGAGAUGUGAAAAAUGCUGUGAAAAAUAUAUUAUGUGGGAAAUGGUCCUCCAGGUGA